AUUAUUUUCAUUUUUUAAUUCCACCCAUUUAUCAUUUAUUUCAUUUGUGUAUUUUUAUAUGCGUGUGUUAUAUUUGCUUCAAUUUAAUUUAUUUAGCUGUAAGUAGAUGGCGCUGAAGUGGAAGUGGCAUCAACUCAGUUACUAACAACCUCUAUGUCAUUUAGUAACGAGGUAACGAGAGAAUUGCCCCUCCACUUAACUACCCUGAUGACAACUACGCAAUUAGACCGUUCACUUCUUAUGUUCUAUUGUGUUAUUAUUAUUUCUUCUGUUUCUUUCCUUUAUCUUCCUAAUUUUUUUUUAUCUUUUUCUUUCCUUUCUUGUUAUUUAUCUCAUUUUCUCUUCUGUGGUGUCUUUUUUUUCGGUUUUCUUAUUUUAUUCCUUCGCAUCUUUCCUUUUCAUAUUUUUCCCUUCAUAUUUCCUUCUAUUCUUAUUUUUCUCCUUCUCUCUCCUUUAGUAUCCAGUUUUUAUUUCGGUUUUCUUUCUUUUUCUUUCGAUUUUUCUCCUUUUCAUAGUUCAUCCUUCCCAUUUCCUCCUACCUUCUCUCUUUCUUUUCUUUAAUAGCAUUCAUUCAAUUUUAUUUCUUCUAGUUCUCUCUGUCCUUAUCAAUCUAUCACUUUCUCUCCUUCUUUCAAGCAGUCAAUCAGUCAGUCAAUUUCUUCCUUCAUUUAAUUAAUUUAUUCAUUCAUUCAGUCAGUCAGCAAGUCAAUGAAUCAAUAUUUAUCUUUUCAAUUAGUCAGUCAAACAACUACUUUUCGUUUACCAGUCAUCUAACCAUCCAACUAUCCCUUAUACAAAAUUCUUCAUUCUUUUCACCUUCUUCACCACAGUAACUCUAAUUUUGCACCAUAUUUUCAAACACUACAGCACCACAUCUUCACUACUUACAAAAAAGGCUCUAGUUGAAGUGACACGGGUUCUUAAGAGUGUUUUUACGGUUCUAGUGACAGAUUAACAGGAUUUCUACAUUAUUAACGGGAAAAACACUCUUGAGAACUCGGCUAAUCAUCUUUGUGGCCUUUGAAAACAUUGUGGUGAGAGAGCAAAAGGUUUCAGAAUAAUGUUUUUUGUCACGUUUUCACUGCCACCACCACCACCACCACCACCACCCACCAUCCAAUCAGCUCUUCACUGUGUCCUCGCCGUCUUUGUGUCCUUAUCACACAAAUAAUCACUCCCCCAACAAUGUCCGUGUGUGUGUGUAUAUGUGUGUGUGUGUGUGUGUGUGUGUGUGUGAUCUUCAUUUGUGGUUCCCGUAAUCAGUAAGUCAUUUCUGUCUCGUCGUGAACAAUGCAUACUUCACUUAGUAAUCUAUCUCCUGUUAACUGUCAGCGUGUCUCUUUGUCCCUCUGUGUGCCUCUAUCGGUCUCUCUCUCUCUCUCUCUCUCCCUCUCCCCUUCCUUGUGGUUACUCAUCCCCGUGUCACGUAAGGGAAGAGAGGGAAGUUUGCACGAGUGAGGCACAGUAGCUAAGAGAUCUGACGCAGUGAGAAUCUAAUUUGGAAAAGGAAAAAAGAGGGAGAGAAAGAGGAAGACUGUAAUUUUGAUGUGCUGUUAAAAAAAAAGACGGCGUAAGCUCAGGAAGAUAAGACGGAGGAUGAGGAAAUACACCGCAGCGGAAAUAAACUUUGGAAAGGCAGAAAAAGAAGAGAAUUGUGAUUUUUGAUGUGUUGUUGAGAAAAGGACAGUGUGAAUUCAGAAGGAAGACAGAAAAAAGAAAGAAUAUUUGAAGUCGUGUUGUGAGAAUAAAACGGUUUGAAGACAGAAAGAAGAGAAAGAAGAGAAAGACUAUUUGAUUUUGAUGUUCCCUUAAAGAAAAGAAGAGGAAAAAAGACUGAAUUAAAAAAGGGAAGAGAGAAAAGGGAAGGUUUUAGAAAUAAGAAGGUUUGAAGACAGAAAGAAGAGGAAGAAGAGAAAAAAAAACUUUGUGACAUUCGUGUGCUAUGCAAGAAAAGACGAUGUAAACUCAGAGAUAAAAAAAAAAGCAAAAAGAAACAUUUAACUUUAAAAUACACUGACUGAAAGGCGGAACUUGUAUGAGGAAGAAAAGUUUGACAAGUUAGAACUGUGAACUUUAUGUGUUGUGGAAAUAAGACGAAAAUCAACCAGUCAACUAGCCAAUCAGUCACUUAACCAGUCAUUCAAUUAACCAGUCAACCAAUCAACCAGACAUUCAGUUAUUCAACCAACCACUCACUCACUCAAUUCUACCCAAAAUGACACUUUUACAAGAAUGGGCACACUUUCACACACACACAAACAAAGCUACACCCUCCGCUAAACACUCCCUCUUCGGCCCACUCCCUCACUCAAAGAACACUCAAGAGAACCUGGGUACACAAACAGAGGAGGACCUAGGCUACCACUCCAGCGGGACCCCUGACCACACGAGACAAGGAAAGACUAGAGACUUUGAUAAAAUGGAAGAAAAGAUGAGAAAUAAAGAACAAGAGGUGCAUUUCAGUCUACGUAGGCUAUUCUCGCCUUGGUCCAUGCAUUCCAGACCGUUGUUUUGCGUGAAUGGGCCUGGAAAUAGGGAGAGGAGAACAAGUGAAGGUACAGAAGCGCAUGGCAUGUUACCGAGUGCUUUUAGACCUGCCUCAAUGCGUUCCAAUGCUUUAUACUUCACGAGCGGAUCAAGAAACGAACAAAAUGAGACAAGUGAAGGUACAGAUGCGUAUGGAAUGUCAUGUAAUUCUCUAAGAUCUUCCGCAGUGCAUUCCAGUUCCUUGUAUUGUACGCAUGGCUCAAGGAAUGGACAGAAUCAAACAAAAGAAGGACGGGAUGGGUAUGAAAUGUCAAAUAAUUCUUUCAGAUCUCUCUCACCACAUUCCAGCUCAUUAUAUUUUACGAAUGAGUUAAAAGGCGAAGGGAAUGAAGCGGCUGAAGGACGAGAGGCGAAGAAAACACCUCGUACGAAUGACUUAGAGAACGUACAAGAUGGAAGAAAUGAAGGACGGAGAGGGCAGAAGAGGUUACGCACGGCUGACUCAGAAACCGAAUUAAAUGAGACAAAAGAAGAACGGCAAGCGCAGAAAAGAACACACAAGUCCCUCACGGUGUUCCCAGUAGAUUCAAAUUUUUUAUAUUCCUCAAAUGAAUCAGGAAACGAACUGACAGCAACAAAAGAAGAACGACAACCGCAGAAAACACCACACAACCCAGUCACAUCUCCCACAAUGCACUCUGACCGCCUCUGUUGGAAGAAUGAAGCAAAAGAAGAACAAGAAGCACAGAAUGAGGUAAAUGAAGCACAGAAUGGAACUAAAGAAGGACAAAGAUCGCAGAAAACACCACAUAACCCCUUCACAUUUCCCACAAUGCACUCUAACCUUCUCUACCGCACGAAUGAGACAAAAGAAGAACGGGAGACGCAAAACUAUUCUGAAAAUGACCAAAACACAGUAAAAGAAGGACGAAAACCGCAAGAAGCACCGCAUAACCCCCUCGCAUCUCCCACAAUGCACUUUAACCUUUUCAACCGCACGAAUGAGUUAGAAAAUGCUCAAAAAGAGACAAAUGAAGAACGGGAAGCGCAAAACGACUCUGAGAACGAACAAAUUGAAAGAAAAGAAGGACAAAACCCUCAAAAAACACCACAUAACCUGCUCACCUCUCCCAUAAUGCACUCUAACCUUCUCUGUUGCACAAAUGGACACUUCGAAACUAACAGAGGCCCUUUUAGCAACUUCGAAUCAAACUGCGGAUGUACCACACGAAAUUUAGUCGACUGGGAGACACGUGUUUGCUGGACUAACUUAAACCUCCGCCACCAAGUGAAGAUUAGAGAAGUCACUGUUUUGAGUCCCUUCAGAGAUUCAAAGGCCUCUACUCUGCCUCGUCCGCCAUUGAGUUCCCAUCUUGCAUCCUUCCCCGGGACUGCAGGACCACCACCACCACCACCACCACCACCACCACCACCAGUGCAGUCCCUGGGGUCUUCUAAUAAGCUUGCCACGAUUCAGUCUCCGCCAAGCAAGGUGGAACGCGAGGAAGAUGAGGGGAAUGCAGAGGAAGGUGAGCGGGCGUACAGGUGUGAGGUGGUCGGGUGCGGGCGUGCCUUCUGCCGUAACGAGGAGCUAACGAGACACCUCAGAAUCCAUUCAGGUCACCGGCCCUUUACCUGCCAGAAAUGCGGACGUCGCUUCGUGCGCCGUGACCACCUGACGAAACACCAGAGAACACACCUGCCCACACAUGUUAAGCGCUCCUACACCUGUCCCCUGCCUGCGUGCACUCACAGGUACACACGGUCAGACGCCCUCACUAGGCAUAUGUGGACCGCCCACCACGUGCGUGCGCGCCAGCCCACCCGCGCCUCACGACCACGCACCCCAGGCACAUCCCUGCCACACCCCCACACCACCACCACCACCACCACCACCAUGCCUGUCUUGAAGAAGGAAAUGUAACGUCCGUAGUAAAGUUGUUGUUGUUGUUGUUGUUGUUGUUGUUGUUUUCCUCCUCUUCCUCCUUUUUUUGUUGUUUUUAGGAUUUUUUUUUUUCUAUUUUUCAGUUGUAUUAUUAAAUAUUUACUGUAUUCAAUGUAUUUUCUUUUGUUUCCUUCUUUUAUCCUUAUUUCUGCUUCAUUACGAGUCUAAAGAGGAAAGAAAAUGAAACAAUGAAGCCAAUUUUCACUUCAUUAUUGUAGAGAAUUGGUAUUUUAAGAGAGAGAGAGAGAGAGAGAGAGAGAGAGAGAGAGAGAGAGAGAGAGAAACAAUAUACAUCUCACUAAUCUAAAUAAACAAGUAACAAUCUAACCACCUAACCACUGAACGAGGAUCUGAAGUGUCGUUAGAGAGAGAGAGAGAGAGAGAGAGAGAGAGAGAGAGAGA